CAACAAAAAAGGUUUGAUCACUGUUAAACCCCCAGAAAACUUCUCCAGGAAAAAUAAGCUCGAUCGAUCGCCGCAAUGAUUAGGUAUGUAUCGGCUUUUCCUGUUGGUUUCGUGGGAGGAUCAUCUAGACAUCUAGUACAAGUGUUUCCUGUCUCUGAAAAAGAUUGAUGAUUUUGGGUCACUUCAUCAUGGGAGGAGCUUGCUCAAGGAAGAGAGAUCAACAACAAGUUGAGGAUAUUUUAAACAGAGGUGCCUCUGGAAAAUAUAGCAAGAGUUCAAGUUCGAAAUGGUUGGCCACUUCGCUCUCUAGGUCCGGUUCGGAUGUUAAACGGAGAAAUGGAGAAUGCCCAUCGCUUUUGGAGCUCUGUAUCCGCAAGAUACAGGAGGACGUAGAUAGAUAUACCACAUUCUCUCACCUACCCAGAGAUAUAAGUCAGCAGAUUUUUGAUGAAUUGGUGUAUUCUCAGCGAAUAACUUUAAAGUCUCUUGAGGCAUUUCGGGACUGUGCUAUCCAGGAUCUUUACUUGGGAGAAUACCCUGGAGUUAAUGAUGACUGGAUGGAUGUCAUCUCCUCGCAAAGUACAUCGUUACUUUCUGUUGAUUUUUCGGGGUCUGAUAUCACAGACUCUGGGCUGGUUUCUUUAAAAGGUUGCAAAAACCUGGAAUCCUUAAACUUUAAUUUCUGUGACCAGAUAUCAAACCGCGGGCUGGAGCAUCUAAGCGGCCUCUCAAAUUUGACAAGCCUGAGCUUCAGAAGAAAUGGUGCAAUCACUGCACAAGGCAUGCGUGCUUUUUCCAACUUGGUUAACAUGAAGAAACUAGAUCUUGAGAAGUGUCCUGGUAUUCACGGUGGGCUCGUUCACCUGCGAGAUUUGACCAAAUUGGAGUCCUUAAACAUAAAGUGGUGUAACUGCAUAACUGAUGCAGACAUGGAGCCUAUCUCAGAACUUACAAAUCUGAGGAGCUUACAGAUUUGCUGCAGUAAGAUUACCGAUUUUGGUGUCAGCUACCUUAAAGGUCUAAACAAGCUUAAUUUAUUAAACUUGGAAGGGUGCCGUCAUGUUACUGCUGCAUGCUUGGACACACUCACAGCUCUUAAAGGUUUGAUGUUUUUGAACCUCAAUAGAUGCAAUCUUUCAGACAGUGGGUGUGAAAAGUUUUCUGAUUUAAUUAAUUUGAAGAUCUUAAACUUGGGAAUGAACAACAUUACAAACUCAUGCUUGGUCCACCUGAGAGGUUUGACAAAGUUGGAGAGCUUGAACUUGGAUUCUUGUAGAAUUGGUGACGAAGGACUGGUACAUUUAUCAGGUAUGCUUGGGUUAAAAUCUCUGGAGUUGUCUGAUACCGAAGUAGGAAGCCAUGGGCUUCGCCAUCUCUCUGGUCAAACAUAUUCCUCUCCAUUUUGUAUCUUUUGUGUUCUUUGGUAUACUCUCAUGCAGAUAAUCUCUACGUCAGUGUUGAUUAACACAUUUUUAUGUUACCAUAUAGGUCUGUCAAACCUGGAGAGCAUAAACUUGUCAUUCACUGUUGUAACCGAUAGCGGUUUAAGGAAAUUGUCUGGUUUGACAUCUCUUCGAACGCUGAAUCUGGAUGCUCGUCAUGUUACUGAUGCUGGGCUUUCCGCGCUUACAAGUUUGACUGGAUUGACUCACCUUGAUCUCUUCGGUGCUCGCAUCACAGAUUCAGGAACAAAUCAUCUACGAAACCUAAAGAAACUGCAGUCACUUGAAAUAUGUGGAGGUGGAUUAACUGAUGCUGGUGUCAAGAACAUAAAAGAUCUUCCAUCCCUCACACUGCUCAAUCUAUCACAAAAUUCCAAUCUCACAGACAAAACGCUGGAGUUGAUUUCUGGAUUGACCGGAUUGGUCUCUCUAAACGUCUCAAACUCUCGAGUAUCAAACUCAGGACUACGUCACCUAAAGCCUUUGAAGAACCUGAGAUCUCUGACCUUGGAGUCGUGCAAGGUCUCUGCCAACGACAUCAGGAAGCUUCAGGCGACCGAUCUGCCAAACCUAGUCAACUUCCGUCCUGAAUAAAGUUAUUUGUCAGAAGGGCAAAUUCACAAAUUCUGUACAUAGAUCGAUUUCUUCUGGUCUCAGACAAAGUCCCAGUCUUCUUUGUAUAUAUAAAAACUAUGCUCGUCUUCGGAUUAUUUGCAGAAAAAACUGUAAAUAAAGCUUUCCAAGCUAAGGUCGGACAAAAGAGUCUUCAAUGCUCUUCUAUGUGGCCAGCUUUUGGAAUCCCUUUGGUUUGUUUAUUUUCUGAAGUGAACCAACAACAACUAUCAGAAGAAACUAAUCACUCUUGUAAAUUUAUGUAAAUUCUAAGUAUCCUCUGUAUCACAUGUAUAUAAUUGAAAUUGAAAA